AUGAGACUUGGAUCAACUCUGCUCGUAUAUCAAAUCCAGUGUUCAUUUUCGCUGCCUUGUGCUCCCGCCAAUUCUCCUCCGCCUUACAGUAAGAAACAGAGAAAUGGAACCAUGGGAGGAAGCACUAGAUGUGGACGACUCAGAUCUUCCUUCACUGCUCCGUCCCUCAACCCUUCUCCUCUGCAAGCGCCACCUUCUUCCGGAACAAUCUAACAAGCCCACCACCGAUAUCAUCUGCUCUUCUCGCACUCUCUCCCUUUCUCUUGAGCCCUGCUCGCAACUUCACCGCCCUUCACAAUCCCAAACCCAAAUCCACUUCCCUGAAACCCUAGAUUCUCAAUCUGAUCAUCGCUUGCCUCAGAUUGAGAUUUCUGAGGUCGAGGAGGAGGAAGAACAGCAGCAGCAGCAGGGUCCAUCGACGAGCUCUCUACGUCUCCUUCCUGGUCCUGCAGGCGCCCUUCAGGCCGCCAUGCACCGGCAUGCUCGUUAUCGUGAACAGAAAUUCUCUUGUUCUCAAGAACAAAUCCCUACUCAGGAGUUUCUUAGGAGGGUACACGAAGGUGGAGAUGGCGACGAGGACUUUAGGACCAAUUCAUGGCUUUGCGCUUUGGAUUUCCUUGGUGGUGGAGACGGUGUUGCUCUGAGAUCUCCUUUACGCUCAAUUAAGCCACGCGUAGGCAUUGAGAAGGUGCCUCAGGUUGUUGCAGUUAUCAAAUCUUGUGUGCCUAAUGGGCUAGGUGACUUGAUUGUAUCUCUGAAGUAUCCUACGGGUACCGUUAGUGCAAGCAUCCAUCGUAAAGUUCUAACAGAGAGUGAGUUUGGAAGGGACAUAUCUGUAGGUGCAGUUAUGAUACUAAAAGAGGUUGUCGUGUUCUCUCCUUCUUGGUCAGCAUGUUAUCUAAAUAUAACUCUGCAUAAUGUGGUUAAGGUUUUCGGUAAAGAAUGUGGACCUCCUCCAAAACAAAAUGACGAUGUAUCUGGAGACAAACUUGCUGUUUCUGGAAGAGAACAAAGCAAAGAAACUAGGCCUGGGAUUAUGGAGAGGACAUCACAUUUGACAGACGGAGCAGCUCAUGGAAUCACAGCUGGUUUUGUCAGAAGAGAUGACAAUGAUGAUGGCAGAAUGGAUGUUGACAGUGAAAAGGGGGAACAUAGUCUAGCAGCAGGAAGCUUCCACUUUUACAGCAGCAGUAGUAGUAGGAAGUCCCAUCAUGCUGCCAAAGAAGAGGCAGUAAGAAUAGAUUCCAAACAUGUACCUUUGGGAAGCUUUCACAGCAAUAGUAGUGGAUGCCAAAAUGCUCCUAAGGUAGUGGAUACAGACAUGGUCAAGGGUCCUAAUGAUCAUGAAGCUGGGAGAACGAAUGUAGUUAAGAAGCUGCCACGUAUUUCAAGUACUUCACUACCAGAGUGGACUGAUGACCAGCUAGAGGAGCUAUUUGCUGCUGGUUCUCAAGAUAGUGACUCCUUACUCUCAUAAGCUGUAUAGUUUACUGUAUUGAUGUGAAACACCAAUGUAAACCCCCUCCAUUCUUUCCCAGAGAAGAAGGUGAAACACCAUAGAAAUAUCCACCAUGAUGUUGAAGGUUUCAUAUACAUACACCUGUGUCUAAUAUUCUCUCCUCUUUUCCUUAAAAGCAAUUCAAACAUGAGCUACUAGUUGCAGGCCAGGUUCGCUAAUAGUUAAUGUUAUGUUGCUGCAAUGCCGCA